GAGUCGCCCUUCGGCACUUCAUUGAUCGCGAGCUCUUUAGCACCCGGCGUGGAAUAUCUGCUCCCAUUAAACGUAGAACAGCUUAUUGCUCCCUUCGCCGACAGCCCUUGGGGGAUUCGUCUCGGUUUUGACGCACCGGUGUAAAGUAGUACCGCCUUGUUAGAGCUUCGAUUCGAGUGGUGAACCUCCAGACUCGAUUAGAAGUUUCGAAGACAUGGCCGGAGUUCUUCGACGAGCGAUUUACCCUGCUGCCCGACAUGCCAUAACCGAAAUCUCACGUCCAAUUGCGUUCCGGGCUUCUCAAGCAAUGACUGCACAUGUUGGAGCAGGCAGCGGAGGACGUGUUGGCGGUUGGGCUGUCCGAAGCCCACCUCAAGACAUUCCAUUUGCAGUGAAGGGGCUGCAACACAUCGCCAUCGCUGUUCCGGAUCUUUCAGUUGCAGCCGAGCAUUACCGCAGUGUAUUUGGUGCCCAAGUCAGUCAACCCGUGGAUCACGUCGAUCUCAAAGUGACCAAAGUUUUUGUUCAAUUGCCGAAUGUAUGCAUUGAGCUUUUACAUCCCAUGGGACAGGACGGCCCAGUUGCUGAAUUUCUCAAGAACAAUCCCAACGGUGGCAUCCAUCACGUCUCAUUUGCGGUCGAUAAUAUCAACUCAGCAGCAUGCUACAUAGGUGAAGCAGGCGUGGGAAGCAUUCCUACUGGCAACCCUAAUAUAGGAGCAAGUUACAAAUCUGAGAUGUUUCUGCAACCCAAAGACAACAUGGGAGUCCUCAUCCAGCUCCAGCAGAUAACAAACCGCUCCCGCGCUCGCGUCUAAAUAACUCCAACGUGGGCUUGGGCAUGUAACCGUAUUCUACUGUAGGAGAUCGAUGGAGCAAACAUCUGUGCUUCUCAGGCACAAUUUGCAACAUGGCCUGGCGGGUUUCAACUCACAAUCGAAUACUGGGUGAUGGCUCAAGUCUGCCCGAACCUCCAGUAACUGUUGCCGCGAACCAACCCUGUCAGUACCAUUGCUAUCAAAAUCAAAUUGCAAGGUAGACAGUAACUGCGAGUGAGGAUGCUGAGCUGUAUCAAGUCUUGGACGGUCUCUGUGUGUCAUGGCAAGCCACUGAAACAACUUCUUGGAGGCUGGGAACUUGUUUGUGUAUUUUACACCAUUGGGAAGGUUCUAAUGUAACACUAUGUAGCUCUAGGAGCCUGUGAAGAAUCUGGAAAAAGUCCUCCGGAGGCGUCUCCUGACGUACUUGGCACAGUAGGGUUGAUUCAGAGGUAUAACUUGUAAGCUUUGUACAAUUUACGGGGUUGAUCGCCUGGCGUUUUCAUAGAAUAAAUCUCAUUCGAGGUUGAAGGGGACUCAUUAGUGAUCAGGGAUAUUUACUAACUUAUAAUCGGUCCUGGUCAGUUAACUAAACUAUAUCUAAACUAUUCUGGGGUUUGAUGGGUGGAGAAGUUCGUUUCCACUGUUUCAAGUUUGAGUUGUGAAUCUUCAAUAUAAUAUAUACCGACGACGGACACUUGAAAUA